GAAUUUUACUUUUUCAAAUACAUUACUCACUCUAACUUUUAAAAUAUGCAAUUUUGGCUGCCAGUUUUUAAUUUUUUGCUUUACUAGUUAGGACAAAUUAAAGCGUAAGGUCAUUAAGGCUGUCAAAUAACAUUUGGUUAUAGGGGGGGGGGGGUUGAGAGACAAAACCUAACUGCUAAGUUAAAUAGUAGUUAAAUAGUCACUAUUUGAAUUUGUCUUGAUAUAUAAAAAUGAAUUAUUUUUAAUUAUUAUCAUUAUAAUAUACACUGGGAAGACAGCACUGGCAGGAAAAUUGGGAGUAAAGCCAAAUACCCUCUAUAUAUAUAUGUGUGGACUAGUCUAUGUUUAUUCACAUAGCAUAGAUAGAGUGUGACAUUAGUAUAGGCUAUAACUAUAGGGCCUUUAAAGUUUAUAGAGUAGGAACUGUUGACCAUCAUCCACAUUUUAUUACUAAAAAAAAAAUUUAUGCAUCACACAAUGUCAAAAUAUGUGAUGCUCCUCCCCCUAUUAUAUGGGGGAAAACAUGGAUGGCCCCCUACUACUGCCCUACUUUUCAUGUUUAAGUUAAACAUGAUUAAUGAUUGCUAGCAUAACCUAAUCCCAUUUCUAAAUUUAUACGAAAUUUAUGCCAAAUUUAUAUAGGGUUGCUCAUAAGCCAAAUGCAUACAUCACUAUAUUUAAAUAGGUAUACUUCUUUUGAUGACUUUUUUUUACUUUACUUACAAACUUAUAGACAAUUAUUCCUGAGAAUAACCUAAUAUUUCCACACAAUUUACAGAAUGUCUCUGUAAAUUGUGUGGAAACAUUAGGUUAUAAAAAGGGUAAUCUUUUUUCUACCACCUGCACUAAUAUCUUGACACAGCAAUUCAGGUUCUGAGAUAAUAUGAGCCAACUUGCCUCACUCAGUAAUCUUGUUAAAAGCCUUUUUAACAAGUGAUACUAUUUUGGGGUUUCAAAUUAUACACUUUUUAUAUUUGGCCUUCUGAACAACCGUAAGAUGCACAUAGUCGCAUAAUUAUUUUGUACCAUUCUGAUUGGUUAGUGAUUAUGUGCUGCCAUCUCCAAAUGUUGAUAGUUGCUUUAAGAACAACUAAAACAAAGAGAAAAAAAAAGACUUUUGAUCUUGUAAAGUUUGUUAAAUUGUUGGGUUGGUACAGAAAGACUGUACAUUAAUAACCAACACUAUAAAUCAUGAAAUGAGGUUAAUUCUUUUAAAAACGUUUAUUUAUUUCAUAGAUAUAUAUAUUAUAUAAAGUUCAACAUUAAAUACAAAAUUGUACCCAAUUCAGAAAAUCUACAAUUUUUUUUUGCCUAGCUAUUAUAUUUUGUGGACUUACUGUUAUUUAUAUUUGCAUUCAUUAAACAAAAUAAUUUUUUCAGGAAAUCGAGGGGUGAAUACCUUUUGUUGAGCACUUAACUAUUCAUAAAGAAAUCAUUAAUCAAAUGGCAAGUCUUGAUACUAUUGACAACUUUAUUGAUGGUGAAUUUUGCACCACUGAUGACUAUCUUGAGAGCUAUGAUCCAUCCACUGGUCAGGUGUGGGCCAAAGUAGCAAACAGCUCGCCUAAGGAUGUAGACAAGGCAGUGCAAGCUGCAGAAAAGGCUUUUCCCCUGUAAGUGUGUUACAUUGCAUUAUAAGGUUUUAACAAUUUAAUCUGCUGUUGGAUUGGCUCAUUAAAAGAACAAUACGUAACAAAAGACUGAAGCCAGUGUAGUAAGAAAAAUGAUAUCAAAGCUGGUGAGGUUUACAAUAAUCAAUAGAUUUACACUAAAAAUUCUGAAAUCAUAACCACAAUAUCAAAGCUAUAGAUAUGAGAAAAGUAAACAUAUAUACUAACUUAAGCACUUGAAUAUGUAUAGUAAUAAAAGGUGCAAAGAGUAAUCCUCACACAUACGGUUAAAAUGUUAAUCCACACAAGUAAGGGAGAGGGGGAAAAAUAGUAAUCCACACAGGAAAAUAUUAAUCCACACUAGUAAUGGAAAUGUAAAAAUAUUUAUCCACAUACAAUGGUAAAUAGCUCUUGCUAUGUCUUGCUCCAGUCUGUUUGAAACACAAUUAACCGUCUUAGUUAUAGUAGGAGACAGAACUUCUAGAACAAAAUCAUACCUUGUCUAGAAAGGCACAUCACAUGUGUGAGUUGUGCAUGUGAGAGCCCUGCAUCUCAUUAAGAGCUUUCACAGUCACAAACCCAUGUUAUCUUUCAUAAUUCUUGUCUUGAAAUUUCUGCAUCUUAAUGAACAAGUUUCCUAAUCAACAUGUGGCACAUGUUCAUAAUCAAGCAUGUGGGAGAUAUAGUAGUGUGUUGCACCAAAUUAGCUUGUGGUGUCACAAAACAGCAGAGAGGUGAUAGACCUGAGCUGUAACAAAGCGUAAGGUUUAAAAAAAAAUUCUCAAUCAUAUCAUCUUGAAUGUUGUGAGGGGGACUAUAAGGGGAAAUUAUGAACUAUUUAUUAUCUCUUAUGUAAAAUAAUGUAAUACUUUUUGUAAUUAAGCCGCGUGAUUACUUUCACAGUGUUGUAGAUUUAUUUCAAUAUUAAAACCAAAUAGUCGAGUCUUGAUUUAAACAAUGCAUUAAGUCUUUUAUUUUUUCAGUUUUUUAAUUUUCUAUAAGGAGGUUAACACAUAACUUUGUCAAGAUAUCAAGAAGUUUUUUUUUUUUAAAACCAAAACUGAGUGGCAUGAACUACAAUAUCUUAGCACUUUAAGAAUUACAUUUAGCAUCCUCGCCAAUAACUCAGGUGGUCUGCUACCUCAGUGGAUCAAAGGUCAAAAUUAUUGCUGAAGAUAGCAGAUCUGAUCGAAGCAAGACUUGAUGAGUUUGCGGAAGUUGAGUCACAUGACCAAGGCAAGCCUGUCGCACUUGCAAAGAAAAUUGACAUUCCACGGCUUGUACACAACUUCAGAUAUUUUGCUACUUAUGCCCUUCAUGACGUAAACAGGUACGUAAAAAUUGGAUCACUUACAAGAUAUUAAUUAUAUAUUUAAAUAUGUAGAAAGGUGGAAGAAAAAGUCACUCACAUUUAUCAUUUGGAUGAACAUUGCUAGGGAUAAAACAUUUUUUUUUGAGGACUGCAGAAUCUGAUUAGUUAGUAUCUGACCUUUCUUGCAGGAAAAUUGUUGAAGUUUCUUCAUUAUUUAAUUUAAUAUUUACUUAAUUUGCAUGAAUUUUAAUAUAUAUAGGCCGUAUUAGGUGAAUCUAAAAGUGAUUUAAUCAUCUGUACAAAUUUUAAAAAAUGAAAAAUGUCCAUUAAUCUGAAACUUAAGAUUAGUGUUCAAAUGUAUUGCAAAUACUUAGAACUCCCUGCCUAUUAACUUAGCAUAUCCCUUCCAAAUAAAGGCUGAACAACUUUGUUUCCUAAUAGCUCCUCCAUUCAAAUUGAUGCCAGUGCCACAAACUACACUGUGAAAUGUCCUGUAGGUGUCGCUGGGCUGAUAAGUCCCUGGAAUCUGCCACUUUACCUGCUCAGUUUUAAGAUUGCCCCAGCCUUAGCUUGUGGAAAUACGGUGGUGGCCAAGCCCAGUGAGAUGACCUCGGUGUCCUCUAGACUUUUGUGUCGGGUCUUUCAAGAAGCUGGUAAAGUUUAUAUCAGGUUAUAUGGUCACUGGGGAUGGUUGAAUAUUCCUGUAGAUUAGUACCUGAUCAAACUGCUUUUUCUCUUUACUUUGUACAAACUUACAGAGUUUUGACCUGUAAAUUAGUAUUAUUGCCAUAAUUUUUCUUUUAAAAUAAUUUGGAUGGAAACAAAAUGAAGAGGGUGAACACUUGCAAAAAAGCUUUAUGCGAUUCUUAGGUAGGAUAAGAGCAAUGAUUAAAUUGUGAUUAGUUUAGACUUUGUACAUGAAUCAUAUGUAGACCAAUGAUGUUAUCCUUGUAAGCAUGUUUAGAGGGGGUCAUGUUUAAAGUGAGGUGAGUAAUGAGGCUCAGAAGAGAUUUCAUUUUUGCAUGAGAUCAGUACAAGGUGUACAUCAGUCAUUUUGCGGUUCCAGCAUCAGAGGCAUAAAGUCUUAAGAGUCAGGACACAGUGCUUGAAGAGCUGUAAUAAAGGGAAAUGAAAUCUGAAUGAUCAUGAAUUUGAUUGUAUUUAUUUAAAUCCUUUAAGAUAGUGAGGUAAUCUUUAAGAUUUUGAGGGGAAAAAUUUUGUAAUUGUGACUUCUGCCCCGUGCUAAUGUUUCUGAGACCAUUUUUAGUUAGUAUUAUAUAAUGUGACUUGUGAACUACUUGUUUACUUUUUACUGCACAAUAACUCUGUGUGGCCUGAUACCCUGGUGUUGGAUUUUUUUACCCUCCAACAGUGAAGUAAUUUCAAAGUAAUUCCCCAUAAAGCAUCUCCUAAACAUGAACAUACUGGGGGGGGGGGGUAUUGGGGGGGGUGGGGAGUGGAGAAAAUUAAUUAUUUGAAUUGGCUUCAAUAACAUGAUUAUAACAAAGAAAAAAAAUAAUGUAAACUAAAUCUAUGGAAAUCAUAUUUCAUACUUGAAAUUAGCAGGCAUUCAGUGAGAUUACGUUGAUUUCAGGGUUGCCUAAAGGUGUUGUGAACAUUGUAUAUGGAUACGGUUGGACUGCGGGUCAGGCGCUAGUUGAACAUCCACGUGUCCCUCUCAUAUCGUUCACUGGUGGCACAGCAACAGCUGAGGUUAUCCGCAAGAGCGCCGCACAUCUGAAUAAAAAGUUUUCCCUUGAGGUAUGUCUUCUGUUGACUAGCCACCAUUAUAAACUAUUUCUGCUGCAUGUCUGGCCUUGAGAGCUGGCCCAGUAAAGUUAUUCUCUAAACAUGCUGGUACAAUGUUUUAAAAAUGUUAAAAUUGAAAAAUGUUUCUGCUUCAGUUAGGAGGAAAAAAUCCUGCCAUUAUCUUUGAAGACUGCAACUUUGAGAAGUGUGUGGAAACAACCAUCAGGUAGUUAUUUCAUUGGCAUUGGGGUCAUACUUAAUUCUACUUUUAUUAAUGAGGCAGAGAAUUGAGGGGAAAAAAACAACUUAAUUUAAAUAGUUAAAAAAUGCGUGGGUACAUAAUUUUAAACAAAUUAAAAAAAGUCUCAACUAAAAAAUUUAGAACUAACUCAUCAGGAUUCUUAUUUAUUUUACAACGAGCCUGAUACUAUCCUAGUUUUACUGCAUGAUAUUAGUUAAUUGAUUAAAAAAACUUCUUAAACUAGUUCAAAUGGUGAUCCUCUUUUUCUGUGCAAACAACCAGUUUUUUCAUUGUUUGAGCCAAGAAUUUUAUAUUUCAAUUGUGCAUUCAUUGACAGGUCCAGUUUCAUAAAUCAAGGAGAAGUGUGUUUGUGUACAAGUCGGAUUUUCGUGCAGAGGGGAAUUUAUGAAAAGUUUCUUGAGGCCUUUGUGGCUAAGACAAGGUAAUCUCUACAAUCAAUUUGACACUUCUGAUUAUUUUUUUCUUUUGAAAUUUAAAAGAGAAAAUUUGAAGCUAAUCAACUUAUUUUAUGACUAAGGAAAUCACUGACCAAUUUAUCUGGUGUUAAAUGAAUUGCAUGUCUUUGUCUUCAUUAUUUUAUUGGGUUUCUAAUCCAGGUGUCUUUUUCAGAUCUUUGAUUGUGGGUGACCCCAAAGAUGCUAAUACAUUCUGUGGAGCCCUAAUUAGCAAGCAGCACAGGGACAAAGUCAUUGGAUUUAUCGAUGAGGCAAAGAAAGGUGGGGCCACUUUGAGGUGUGGCCACAGUGUUGAGCCUUUAGAGUUACCAGAUAGGUGCCAAAAUGUGAGUUAAAUUAAGCUUGUGUAUUUUAUGUUCAGCUAUUAUACAUAUGAACGUAUUACACGCUUAAUUUAUAUUUGAAUGCUGAAUAGCCAGGAGCAAAAUGUAAAAAUAAUGUAGUCAUUUCCUUAAGGUAUGAAAGUUAAGGCAACAAUUAAAGUAAACUGAUAUCAAUUAACUAAAAAUAAAAAAUUGUACAAUUUAUAAAGGCUGAGCUCAGACUAUUGAUUUGAAGAAUAACAAAAGUCAUGCAAAAACUUCUUACACUUAAUUUAAUGAGCUAAGGAAGGAGAUGUAUUUUUUUUUUGAGAUGUGAAAAUAUUUAAAUUUAUUUAAAAAAAAAAUAUUUGCAGGGUUACUUUGUGCGUCCUACUGUAAUCACAGACCUACCUGACACUGCACCUGCCAUGACAGAUGAGAUAUUUGGACCUGUCACCUGCGUUGUGCCGUUUGAUGAUGAGGAAGAGGUAAGUUGGCUUUGCCAAAAGGCUUUACUGACUAUUUUUUUUUUCAAGAUAAAAUAGGUCCUAGCUGACGAUCUGAUAGCUGAUCUUUUAACCUUUCAAUGCAGUGCAUCCUGGCUGACACAAGGGAUCUGAUAGCUGAUCUUUUAACCUUUCAAUGCAGUUUGAGCACCUUCCUAGCUUAGAAUAGUUCACGGGGGUAAUUUUGUGUAUACACCAAAUCUCAUUUCGUUGUAACCCUUUUUAAUUAAUUUUUCUUCUCAUACUGCUGUCUUUGUUGUCAAAAGUUGUUAAACUUUCUCUUUACCUCAUAUCUGCAAGUGCAAAUGUUAAUUUAAGCCGCUGUGUCAUAUUUUACAUAAACAUUGCAAGAGACAGGGCCAGCACCUAGGAAACUCUGUGCCCCAGGCAGCUGGCAGAGUUCGGGUCCCUUCCGUUUAUCAAUCAUGAGCAUAUAUUUUAAAAACUCGAAAAAAGGCCGGCCCCUAUCUAGCGCGGGCCCCUGACAAGUGCCAUGGUUCUCCCUUCCUAGGUGUGGGCCUGCAAGAGACAAUAAACUUCAUGAGGGAAGCAUUGUGUAUACUUUCCGUAGACUGAUAACUGGAAAUAACUAGCACCCUUGUCAACUCCUAACGUCUUCUUGGAUUGAUUACAUUCGUCAGUUCUUUCAUACGUUGAAGCGUCGUACUAUUCUAACUAUCAAUUAACAAACUCAACUCCUUUUGAUAAUAACUAUAACUUUAAUAUCUAAGUAAAUAUAAUAAACAUCCUAUCACUCCAAGGUUCCACUCAAGACUGCCGCACGACUAAAACAUACGUCACAACACUGCAUAGACAAUACGUCACGACUCAGCAUAAAAAUACGUCAUAAAGACAAUGGCGGGAAGAGCGUUCACUAACUAUAAUAGUCAAGCGCGGGAAAAGCGUUCAACAACUAAUGAACAUAAUAUUGAGUCGCAACAAUUCCUAAUGAACGCUCAUACUCGACAUAUCCCCCCUCUUUCAUUUCAGAUUUUACUCAGGGAGUGAAAUCGUCACCAGACAUACAAAAUUUACAUCAAUUACAUCAAGAAGAACCCUUCAGCCAUAUGAAUGGUCCUUAUCAAAAAACAUUAUUUAGGUAUCACUGAAAAUCAAACAGAUUUAUGAUAUACUGCAAUAAAAUAAACAAUCCUUCGUACAUAAUUUUAAAUGCAAUUCAAGAGUUAAAAAUUCAUGUACCACAAUAAAAAUCAGACCAUUAAAAUUGAAUGUCAACAUUAAUUUUCAUUUUUCAUACCAAUAAAAAUAAUUAUAUUUGUAUCUCAAAAAUCCGGGCAAAUACAUCAAUAUCCUUACUGAAUUUGCAACUAUAACUAAGUUAAUCCAAAUCAUAUCAUCAAAAAGGUGUAUUUUUAAAUAAAACCAAUGGUCAUCACUAUAGAAACACAAAACUAUCUAACAUUAUUACAGGUGAGAGAUGCCUCACCACAAUUUGAGCAGCCUUUAUUUGCUCUUAAAUAACACAGCUACAGAUGGCGGGACAUAUCUUUUGUCCGUGGAUUUCACAACUUUAUGCUUCAACAUGUUUAUUAUAAUUAAAAUUAUCUCUCCCUGUUCUUUUGACCCGUGGUCAUAACUCAUGUGAAAUCUCAGUUUUACAAUACAUAUUUUUAAAUUGUUACAAAAUGAAAAACGAGUCUCAUAAAAAAGAAACUCAAACAAAUCAGGAACUUCAGGGCAAUCAUGGUAAUAGUUCAUUUUAACAGAUUCAUUUUGUUUAACAAUACAAUCAAAAUGCUCACCUCCCAACUCAUGGACCUGACAUCUCACCUCCUCUUGAAAAUCAUACACAAGUGCACCUUUAGAGCUGGCAGCGCUCUCUUUAACACUUUCAACAUUGGUUUCCAACAUAAUGUUAGAGCACUCCUGGCUCUCAAAAUCCGGACAACCUUCAUUCACAUUACUUAGGAAUUUAUUUUCAUUGCAACUAUCUGUAACAUGUACAUUUGAGCAGCCCUGGCUCACAUUUACAGGUGAUUCAUUAUCAUUACAACUAUCCGUAAUAAUAUGAAAAUUUGAGCAGCCCUGGCUCACAUUUACAUGUGAUUCAUUAUCGUUACAACUAUCCGUAACAAUAUGAAAAUUUGAGCAGCCCUGGCUCACAUUACCUAUUGAUUCAUCAUCAAUACAGCUCUCUGUAUAAAAUUUUGAGCAACCCUUGCUCAUAACAACUUGAGAUACAUUUUCAUUGCAGAUCUCUGCAGUAACAUCAAAACCUGAGCACACCUGGCUCACAUUAUCAACUAAUUCAUAUUCAUUACCAGUACAUAUCUCUGUAAAAAUAUCAACAUUUGAGCAACCUUUGCUCACAUUACACAGUGACUCAUUUACAUCACAAUAAUUAUCAACAACAAUUUUCUCUCCUUCCCCCACCUCAGGGAUUACACUCACCUCAUCACCUUUACACAAAAAAUCAGACACUUUAACUUCAGGACUUACAUUAUCUGAUGGCUCACCAUGAGAUACAACAAAAAUCAUGUCCUCAGACAUUAGAACAGGGUUCUCUUUGAUUUCAAUGCCGCCCGUUUCCAUAACAACCAGUUCAUUACAUACUGUGGCGCUGGGACAAUCCCCUACAUACGUCCACCUAAGGUCAUUUCCAAUGACUUCUACCUUAUUAAAUUGUCGUCCCCUUUCUUCUUUACAUUGGAAUUCCUGGGAUACACCAACUACUUCAACCUCGUUUUGACAUGAAUCUAAAGCUAUAUCUGUACCCUUUGCCACUGGGGGUAUGUCAACACGGUCAACGGUGUCCUUUUUAACGUUAGCCGACGGAUCAAUUAACAAAUCACUGUCAUUUCCAUUAAAAAAAAUUGAGUCGUCAGCAAAGGCAAUAAUAUCAUUUUGUUCCUCAGUAUCUUUAGCCAUGAACUGUGGUUGCGAGGCCGGCUCUUGCCUGGGGUCAGGAUCAUGAGUAUGUCCACCGUUAUCCACAUAUUUGUUUUCACUUACAUUAAUAGAAACUCUAUUAAAAUUUUUAUAGGGAUUCUCACAGUGAAUGCUGGCAAUGCCAUAAUAUAUUUCUUCCUCUUGACUCUCGUCAUCGUCACUGUCGCUAUAAUAAUAUGCCUGUCUCUUUAAAAUAAUUUCCCGUCGUUCUGCCUUUAAUUUUGCCAGUCUAGUUUCUCUAUCAAGUUUAUCUAGUUCAAAUUGUCUCUGACUCUGUUUAUCUCUAUCUAUACGUUCUUUCUGUCUCUGUCUAUAUAUACGUUCAUUCUCUCUCUGUCUACAUAUACGUUCUUCCUCUCUCUUUCUAUCUAUACGUUCUUCCUCUCUGGCUCUAAGUUCCUCCUCUCUCUCUUCCCGUACGUGUUCUUCGAACUUAACUCUUAUAUACUCCUCUAGGUUCUCUCCCGUAUAAAGAAGUAACACACCCACAUGCCUAAUUUCUUCUAAACUCCAUUUCCUACUGACAUAUCCAGCCAUAGCAAUGCAAAUUAAGGCUUUUAAGGGUGAUCAUACAGUAAACAAGAAUUAGGUUUAAGGACCAAUCGCAGUCUGUUUAAACUAACUCUAGCAAAAAUCUAAGUUCUACCCAGGUAAAAAAAAUGUUAAUACAUCAGUCAUAAGAAAAUUAAUGCCAAAAAUGUUUUAAACAAUAAAAAUCCAACUUGCCUGGUUUGUGGAAAGUCCUAUAGAAUUUAAAUAUUAUUCAAAACACACACUGGGCUUAAUUAAGUGUCAAUGGUUCUUUACUGUCAAUAGUUCUCUCACAAACUUCAAUUGUCCUAUAUGGCGAUCUUGGGACACAGUCAUUGAGGUGUGGGUGACCGGGACGGGUCACGGGACAUCGGCAGCUCACUGGACAGAAUGUAGGCGAAUCGCCGACACUGGACAGUUCGUGGGUAACUCACCAAUACAGGAUCGGGCAUGUGCAGCUUGAUGCAGGACGGGACGUUGGUGGCUCGUUGAAGCAGGACAGGGCGCUGUUCAACUGGGUGACCGGGACGGGUCACGGGACAUCACAGCUCACUGGACACGAAGUUGGUAGCUCACUACCGACAGGACGUAGAUAACUCGAUACAGGGAAAUGCGUAGUUAAUUCACUGGAACUCAACUGGACGUUGGCGACUUGACGAAGGUCAGGGCUGGGUAUUUCACUGGAACUGAACACGAAGUUGGUAGCUCACUACCGAAGGAACGUAGAUAACUCGAUACGUGGAGGGGCGUAGUUAACUCACUGGAACUGAACAGGACGUUGGCAACUUGAUAACGGACAGGGCGUAGUUAAUUUGCUGUAACUGGACACGACAUUGGUAACUUCAUACAGGGCAGGACGUAGUUAUUUCACUGGAACUGGACAGGACGUUGGCAACUUGAUAACGGGCAUGGCGUAGUUAUUUCACUGGAACUGGACACGAGGUUAGUAACUUGAUAACGGGCAGGACGUAGUUAUUUCACUGGAACUGGACAGGACGUUGUCAACUUGAUAACGGGCAGCGGGGCCCCGACAUUGAAAUACGGGAACAUGCCACGAUGGUUGUAACUUCACUAAAGUUGAAUAAUGAGAAUGUUCUUGUACUUUACCUCAAGUAUAAAAAUAACGAGGUUCACCAAUCCCGGAUGAGAAGCCCCCAUGUCAACUCCUAACGUCUUCUUGGAUUGAUUACAUUCGUCAGUUCUUUCAUACGUUGAAGCGUCGUACUAUUCUAACUAUCAAUUAACAAACUCAACUCCUUUUGAUAAUAACUAUAACUUUAAUAUCUAAGUAAAUAUAAUAAACAUCCUAUCACUCCAAGGUUCCACUCAAGACUGCCGCACUACUACAACAUACGUCACAACACUGCAUAGACAAUACGUCACGACUCAGCAUAAAAAUACGUCAUAAAGACAAUGGCGGGAAGAGCGUUCACUAACUAUAAUAGUCAAGCGCGGGAAAAGCGUUCAACAACUAAUGAACAUAAUAUUGAGUCGCAACAAUUCCUAAUGAACGCUCAUACUCGACAACCCUCUUUUGCCUCAGUCCCAAGGAUUUGCAAUAUUUUCAUGUUUAACUGUAUUGAAAUUCAUCUGUUUUCCUUUUAGACCACGUGAUGCCAUGUAAAAAAAUAUUGAACAUGUUAAAGAGAGAUCAAGACUAUGCUUAGUUUGUGUGUGUUGAAUACAUCAUGAUACUUAAACCCCACCUCCCCCCAAACCACUUUUUGAAUCAACUACCUAGUUGGAUAUCAUAAACUUUAAGGCAAUAUAUAUAUAUAUAUAUAUAUAUAUAUAUAUAUAGAGAGAGAGAGAGGCAUCAAAGAAAUUUUCUGUUGAGUUUGUGAAAUGUUAAAGUUCUCUUGUUUUAUUCAGGUUAUUGCUAGAGCCAAUUCUGCCCGUUAUGGACUUAGUGCCACGCUGUGGACAGAAAAUGUGUCAAGAGUGCAUAGGAUUGCCCCCAAGCUAGAUGUAAGUGAUGCGCUCCUCUGACUAAUAACUUGUUUGAUAACUUCAAUAUCGAGUGUUAACAUCAAAUAUUUGAACAAAUAUUCAAGAUUAUUAUUUUUUUUUAAAAUGAAGAAUUUGAUUAAUUUUUUUUCCUCAGUGUUGUUAACUCUUAAGAUUGUUAAUAUUUAUUUGUCAUAUCAUCGAACAAUUAAAAAUAUACUUGCUUAUGGUUUAAAAAAAAUGAUGUGUUUAAUUUGGUGCUAAGGAUGGUAUGGUACUUUGUUUCAGUUAAAUGUGUUGUAAUUUUGGCAAAAAAUUGUUGCAGGCUGGAACAGUUUGGGUGAACUGCUGGUUGGUUCGUGACCUCAAUAUGCCCUUUGGUGGAAUGAAGGAUUCUGGGACAGGCCGGGAAGGUGGCAAGUACUCGACAGAAUUCUUCACAGAGGAGAAAACCAUCUGUAUUCAGCAUUAGAUUACAGUCUCUCUGACACAUUCAGGCUGCUGAUUUCAAAGUUAUUUCAGUGGGUCAGUUAUUUCAGUCGGUCAGUUAUUUCAGUGAUUCAGUUAUUUCAGCAAGCAAAGCAUGAAUUAUGUUAAAUUGAUAGUUCAUAAAAGUUUAUGGAGUUAUAAGUGAUGAAUAGCUCAUGCAUUUAUAUGUCAAUACUGGCAAAUUCCAAUUUACGUCUGCUUUGUCUCACACAUGUUUUCAUAUCACCCUUACGACAUUGGUUUGAAAUACUAAUUUUGUCUCAUUGUUUCAAUGGAAAAAAAAAAAAAAAAAAAAGAGAGAUACAAGCAAAGAAAUCUGAUUUUAAACUGAUUAUAAUUUGUGUUUGGUCACACAGUGUUGGGGGUCUGUGAAUAUGUGUGUGUGUAUUGUGGGGGUUAGUACACAUUGUAUUUGUAUCUGUUGUUGUGGAUCUGUGUAUGUGUAUUUGUAUGUGUUGUUUGGGGAUAUUUGUAUGUUUGGUUGGGGAUCUGUGUAUGUGUAUUUGUAGGUGUUGUUGGGGAUCUGUGUAUGUGUAUUUGUAGGUGUUGUUGGGGAUCUGUGUAUUUGUAGGUGUUGUUGGGGGAUCUUUGUAUAUUUGUAUGUUUUGUUGGGGGAACUGUGUAUGUGUAUUUGCAUGUGUUGUUGGGGAUCUGUGUUUGUGUAUUUGUAUGUGUUCAUUAAAAGAGGAUAAACAAUGCAUACAUUUCAUUAUUUUAAAUGUAUGCCGUGGACUCAUUAAAUCUUAUUAAAUUGUUGUAAUUUGUCUGCUCCAAGCUAUGGUUAAACAUGUUAUUAUUUUUUAAAUAAAAAUUGCUCAGGGUUUAUAGUAUUAUUGUUUUAAAAUUUAAUGUCACCAUUAAAUUGUUCUGUUGUUUUAUGUUUAAAAUGUCCAUUCCUGAUAUGUUGCCAGUAUUGAUUUAUUCUUAUUUUCAUGGUUAUUUACCAGGACACAUUGUAUAUACAUUAAAAUAUUUGUGAUUUAUUUCUUAAAAGGUCUUCACAGGAAACAUUGACUUAGAUAUAUUAAUAUAUCAAUUGAAUUUGGGGUUUUGGGAAAUACUAACCAGAUGCCUCUUUUAUGUUGAACACACCCCCCCCCCUUUCCAUUGUAUUGUAUGGUAGAGGUCAUAGUCAC